AUGCGAUGGGUGGCCCAAUUGGCCUCAUUUGACUUCGAAGUGAAAUUCCGGUCUGGUCUGAGUAAUCGCUGCGCCGAUGCACUGAGCCGCUAUCCUGGGCAUGUUUCUUCCGAGGUGGAGGGGGUGAUGCAGCAAGUUUCUCACACGAGUACCGUUCCAUUACGUGCUGAGAUAAAUAGGAUCAGUCCUACGCGGCCAGCAACUGAAGCGCAGUCUGGUGGUGGGCCUCCUGGGUUGUUCCCCUCGUGGUCGGCGGAGCAGCUCGCAGCGUUGCAAAGGCAAGACACAGACCUGGGAAUUGUGUGGGAACGCUGGGAGCAAAAUGCAGUGCCAGGCGAAGUUGCAUCAGAUGGCAAAUGCGGUACGCGAGAUCUGAAGCUCUGGCUCUGGCAGUGGCCACGAUUUGUGGUCCGCGAAGGCGUGCUAUGGCAUAGAAAAGUCCAGGACCCACUGCACGGUGAAGUGUUUCAGAUACUUUUGCCUCAAGUUCUUCAAACGCGUGCGGUUGAGGGUUGUCACGAUGGUUGGAGGCACCAGGGGGUAGCCCGCACUUGCUCGCUGCUUAGGAGACGCGUUUACUGGCCGCGUAUGACUGCAACAGUGCGACGGCAUAUUGCUCACUGUCAGCGUUGCUUAACUGCUAAGGUUGCUCAGCCUCAACCAAGAGCUCCAAUGAGACAUUUAAUGGCUUUUCGGCCAUUAGAGGUUCUGGCAAUCGACUUUGUCAAGGUAGACAAGGGAAGUGGGGGGUAUGAGGAUGUUUUAGUCCUGACAGACGUGUACACGAAAUUCUCCCAGGCGAUACCAUGCAGAGAUCAACAUGCAGUAACGGUGGCCCGCGUUCUUCGCGACCAUUGGUUCACAAAGUUUGGAAUUCCAACGCGCUUGCACAGCGACCAGGGGCGGAAUUUUGAAGGCAGUGUUAUCAAAGAGUUAUGUACCUUGUGUGGGAUCAGAAAAUCACGCACUACUCCUUACCACCCGGAGGGAAAUGCCCAGGCUGAAAGGUUUAAUCGUACCCUCUUUGGGUUGAUUAAGUCGAUGGAUGAGCGCAGCCGGCACAAGUGGCCUGAUAUGUUGGCCCAUCUCUUGUUCGUGUAUAAUGCCACCCCACACAGUACUACAGGUAUUGCCCCGUACACGCUCAUGUUUGGACGUGAGCCGCUAAUCCCACUAGAUCAAAUUCUCGGGCGUGCAGAUUCUGCAUGGGAUCAAGAUUUUGUGAAGUCGCAGUCCAAACUGCUCGAACGCGCAGAGAACCUAGUUAGAGAGAGAACAGAGAAUCGGGCCGCGCGUAACAAAGCCAUCCAUGAUUCAAGAGGGAAAAUAUGCGAGUCGUUCAAGCCUGGCGCAAGAGUUCUGUUGAGAAAGCUAGACUUCAAGGGGAGGCACAAGUUGAAAAAUGCAUAUCACGAUGUCACGUUCAUUGUUACCUGGGUGAAUCCAGAGGGGGACGUAUACCUCAUACGACCUUCACACGGGGGAACCGCACGAACGGUGAAUCGUAAACUCCUGAGAUUGCAUCUCUCUGAAUUGCCAGAUGGUAGUGCAACAAGUAGUUCCGAGUCAGAUGAUGAUUUCACAUCGGGAUUAGAUUUAGGACAGUGUGAUGAUGCACAGGGGGUGAGGGAUGGCGCCGACGAAGUAGUGGAGCCACCCGAUAGGCAAGGCUGCCGACCAAGUCGUCAGGACUUUAUCUUCGGGACGUUUUGGGGUUUCCAGUUCCAGGAGAAAAAGAUCCUGACACCUGAAGAAGUAAAUGAUAUCUGUACUGUGCUAUUCGAAGUAGUUUAG